AUGGAAAUGGAGAGUCAAAAGAUCGAAGAGUUGGGUGCGUUAUUGGAUCGCUUGCAUGUUCUGAUCGGUGAGGUAGACAAGCCAAACAUCAUUCGCGAUGCGCUAGAUACAGAACAACUAGACACGCUGCGAACCAUUUACGAAAUUUGCGUUGAAUGCGAAGAAUUGGAAGAGGGUGAUUUGUUGCCGCUCAAGAAGACGAAGAAGCGGAAACGGGGCCUGAAAAGUCAAUUGGGUGGCCCUGGAGAUCCAUGGAAACGUAUCACAAAUCUGGAAAUUUUACCGGCACUCCCUGUAUUUGUCACCACACACCUCAAGAAAUACCCAGCAGAUACUGAGGCUGAAAAUUUUCUAAGAGCGUUGAGCCUUGCUAGCAAUUGUGGCCAGUACAGUUCGGCCGACGACCUUGGUAACGCUUUUAUGGCUCGGUAUAAGUGGACCCAACAGGUUGAACGUCGUGACGAGAAGAUACACAUCUUCCAAUUAUUUAAUGAUCUUUUCUGGUUUGAUAUGAUGCAACUUCUACGGCCCCAUGGUACCGGUCGAGUUGGAGCAAUGAUGCGAGUAGAACUAGACCGGUUUUUGACCCCGUUGGAUUUCGAUAAAAUGGGUCUCCAAAAACAUGAGGUGAUGGCUAACGUGGGCGACUGGAGUAUACGAGGCGCGAAGAUUCAUAAGCUCUGCGUCCGUUAUGGUCCGGGUGUGAUUUUAGUCCUCCACAAACAACUUUCAAGAAGCUUUCUCGAAGGUCGAUUCACCGCUUCCGGCCCAUAUUACAAUGGGGCCAUAAACCGACUCGACAGUCUUGGCCUUAAUACGUAUAUAAAUAAUUCGGGCGCUGAAUUGCUUGCUAUAAGCAUCCGCAAUCUGCUUAUCAAGCCGUUCCAGGAAGCGCAGUCGUAG